AUGGACGACGAUUACGUUGCGCAGAUCCUCGCCACAGAGGCCAGAGAAAAUUCUCAAAAGUACUCGGUCGAAGGUCUCUCAGCCUUCAUACCUCGGAAGCCCGCAAGCAAUGCUCCCAAGCCUAACACCCGGUUUUUGCGACACCUUAUCAAAGAAACCGACAAUCAUAACACGGCCUUGAAGCGCAAGGAGGAAAGAGAAGCGCGGGAUCGAAUGCGCCUGCUGAAGAACAAGGCCAAUGGCGACUCGACCUCUAGGUCGCAAACUUCUCGAACACAAGAUCGCCAGAGCAGUACACGAGACACCAAUAAACUUCGCAGAGAGGACCAUGAGGAUCGACAUCGCUCGCAUCGGAGACGACACCGGAGUCGCUCUAUAUCUACGGACCGCGAUCACUCACGGCGGCAGCCACGGAGGGACGACUACGAGCGAGUGAGAGACGAACAUAGAGAUGGGAAUCGUUCAGAUCGACGACGAGAGAGCCAUAGGCACGAUUCAUCACGCACGGAGCGGCGUAGUCGGAAGCGAUCAUACUCGAGAUCUCGCAGCCGUUCUCCUCGUCGUGAUCGCAGUUCUGAACGCCACCGCAGCGAGCGGCGUUCCCGACGACCCAAGUCUUCCUCCGGUACGCAUUCAUCACAAUCACAUAGGACACACAAGGGUCGAGGGCCUGGCGGGGACGAGGUCGCACAUUCUGGAAGCCGUACCUCUUGGGAUAGAACCAGGCAUACGGAACACGAACCAUCCUCGACUACUCCACCACUCCACCAGAGAUCCGACGAUGAGUCGGACCCUCUAGAAGAUCUCGUUGGUCCGCUCCCUCCUCAAAAAGACUCAGAAACAAUUCGCUCGCGAGGCCGAGGUGCCUACAAACAUAGUACAAGCAACAUCGACGCUCACUUUGCUCCGGACUACGACCCUACGCUCGACGUACAACCCACCGAUGACGCAUACUCCGCAGAUAAGCAAUUGUCUCGCCGCCCCGUUGCAGGCCUCAUGACCAAGGAAGACGAUUGGGAUAUGGCUCUUGAAGCACUUCGCGACCGUGCCAAGUGGAGGCAAAAGGGUGAAGACAGAUUGCGUGCAGCUGGCAUGACUGAUGCGACCAUCGAUCGGUGGAAGAGUAAUGCCGCCUUCGCUGGGGUGGAUGGCGAGCGCCACCCCGAUGAGGUGAAGUGGUCAAAGAAGGGCGAAAGUCGAGAGUGGGAUCGUGGAAAGGUCAUAGACGACGACGGUCAUAUUGACGUCCAGGCUGCUUGGAAGUAG